AUGGCUCUUCUUGAUAUCUCAUACCUAUGGGUCGACUUAUUGUGCAUUGUUCAGGACUCGAAAGCAGAUUGGACAAAGGAAGCUUAUUUGAUGUCCCGAGUCUAUGGCGAAGCCUAUCUGAAUGUCACUGCCACGGCGUCAAAGAGUGAUGAAGAAGGUAUUUUUGAUCGCGAGAAAAGCCUCCAUUCGAGGCCCACCUGCCUACUCGAUCUGUCUGGGCCGGAGAUUUCAAGCAAACGUUAUAUUUGUUAUAACGCGACUCCAUGGCAACAAUACGUUCAGGCGUCACCAUGGAAGGAGAGAGCGUGGACUUUUCAAGAAGCGCUACUAGCUCCGCGAACGAUCCAUUUCGCUCGAGGAUUGCUGCUUUGGGAAUGCGCAGAAGAACGGACGGCAGAGAAUAUGCCGGGUCAGAUCUCAGACAGCAAAUUUGCUAGUCGCGAGGGCAAUGAUCGACUGUUAAAACAGGCGCUAUUGGAUGAUAGCCAGGAGCUUCGUGAAGACACCGACAGACGAAUUAUCAACAGCGUUGAGGUGAGCUCUGAGCAUCUUUGGGAGGACAUAGUAUUUCAAUACACUCAUGGUACACUUUCUUAUCCCUCAGACAAACUUCUUGCAAUAGCGGGAGUGGCACGGAAAUUUUGUUCGGCAAGACAUCUCAAUCCCUGUACCUACCUCGCCGGACUGUGGAAGGAAAUGCUCCCAGCAAAUCUGCUCUGGCGAGGAGAGGCACACCUGCGCCUGUUCGGCGGUCUCCACGGGCGGCAACGGACCCAGAUGUAUCGGGCACCGUCAUGGUCUUGGGCCGGUGUCAAUGAUGGACCUAUUACGUACCCUAUAAGAAGAAAGUGGGAAAUGUGGCCAAUAGAUGUCCUUGAUGCGUAUGUGAUUUCCGACGAUGAGCAGAUGGGCGCGGUCAGAGGCGGGAGCAUCAAGUUGAAGGGCAAAUUGUUAAAAGCACAUGAUUUCGAGGAGUUCACUUCCUGGAUUGAAGAUAGUGAUGAAGGUGGGGAAUGUUAUGGUGCGUUCAUCGUACCAAGGGUUCAUUCAGACAGCUCAGAGACCGAACCGAGGGUUGCCUACCUGAAGUCAAGCUUGGACGACACUAGAAACCCCGAUAGCACGAUAUGGAGAACUCACAUCAGGGAUCCACCAGACGAUCUAAAGGUCUGGGAGGACCACUUCUUCCUUCCAGUUUUGAGGACAAGAGUUCGAGGGGCGUCCGACCCAGAACUAGUCGGAGAGGUUAUCAUGGGUCUUGACUUGAUGCCCAGUGGUAGAGAAGGGGAAUUUUCCCGCAUUGGAACAUUUGAAAUCCUAGCCUCCAGUUCUCCAGCUUUCGUCAAUGCACUGGGGUGCAGGUCCGUUCCAGCGGAGAAUUAUGAGGAUUUUGACGGCGUAGACCGACUGCCUGCACCAGCGCGUGAGACGUACAUCCGGCGUAUGCUCCUAGGAGUUCCUACAGCUCCUAUCACCUUUCGUGAAACUCAAAUCCGAACAUUCAUCGCCAUAUAUUGGAUCUGGAUCGCACAUCUGAUACUUGACACCUACAACAUACUGCGCUCGGUCUGCUUUAUCAGGAUAUUACAAGUUGACAAUCCCGACGAAUGGCACCCGCUCUUCGGGAGUCCCUUGCAAGCCUACAGCAUCCGCCGCCUCUGGACCAAAUUCUGGCAUCGCUUGACCGCACCAUCAUGUGUCGCCUCCGGACGGCUGAUUACUCGUGGAGCUCUCGGCUGCAGCCUGGCUCCCGAGCGGAGAAGCUGUUCACUGCCUUCUGAGCGUUCUUCGUUUCGGGCAUCUGCCACGCCGUGGCUGAUUGGCAAGCGGAAGAGCAUAGUACCCCGACAGAGGACAUUGGCUUUUUCUGCGCAAAACUUUGCAUCUGGAGCGGCCGAGAUGGUGGUGCUGGCCCAAGUGGAACGAGUGCGUGAGAAACAUGGCCACGUGCAAGUUGCUAGAUUUUUCGAUAUAGAAAUUUCCAACCUACCCAACGAGCACAACCCCUCGCGUACGGUUACACAGGCAAUCCGAAUCCCUACCCCAGCGCAGAUACCGACUACCCCUCGCAAGCAUGGCCGCAAUGAGUCAACUGCUGAAUGGCACAGACCUGCGACUGUCAACACCGAAGAGAACAUGGUUUAUGCUAAUAUGAACGUACCUUGGUCUGCUUUUCUCUGCGACUCACAAGGAGGCGGUAAGAGCCAUACACUUAUUGGUUUCGUAAGGCGAAGUGAUGCUGUUUGA